AUGAGAGCCUUUAUUUCGACAGUGACAGUGUUAUGGGUGGUAAUACUGCCCUGCAUGGAAGCUAUCCACGGAUUGUACAAUUUUGGCCAGCAUGAAUUAUUCUACAAAAAGAAUAAUUGCAAGCCCAUUCCUGCAAACCUCCUGUUGUGCCACGAUAUAGAAUACACGGAGAUGCGCCUCCCGAACCUGCUCGGACACGAAACCAUGAAUGAAGUUCUGCAGCAAGCUUCGUCUUGGAUCCCACUGGUUCAAAAGCAAUGCCAUCCCGACACAAGAAAGUUCCUGUGCUCCCUUUUUGCUCCCGUCUGUCUGGACGAUUUGGACGAGCCCAUACAGCCGUGCAGGUCCCUGUGCGAAAGCGUCAAAUACGGCUGCGCGCCUGUGAUGUCCGCGUUCGGCUUUCCUUGGCCAAAGAUGUUGGACUGCGAUCGUUUUCCACUCGACAAUGACCUGUGCAUACCACCUGCAGGCAACGAUAACUUUUCGCAAGUCACCAAAGAGGUACCCAGAGUGUGUGAUGCUUGCAAGGAAACGGAUGAAAAUGACAACGAAAUUGUUGACAACCUGUGUAAAAAUGACUUUGCUCUGAAGAUCAAAGUCAAGGAGAUCUCCUAUAUCAACGGUGACACCAAGAUAGUGCCUGAGACCAAGAGCAAGACCAUUUACAAGCUGAAUGGCGUGACGGAGCGUGACCUGAGGAAGACGGUACUGUGGCUGAAGGACGGCCUGCAGUGCAUCUGUGAGGAGAUGAAUGACAUCAACGCUGCCUACUUGGUCAUGGGCCAGAAGAUGGAAGGCCAUCUGGUCAUUACCUCACUGAGGCGCUGGCAGAAGGGACAGCGCGAGUUUAAGAGGAUUUCCCGCAGUAUCCGCAAGCUGCAGUGCUAGAAAAAAAGAGAAAAAAUAAGAAAGAAAAACUGCAUGUGUGACAGUUGAAGUUUAGUUGAGCCCUUCCCUCUUGACACUUUCAUUAUCAGGUUUCACUCAUAGAUUCCUCUCUAUAUUCCAGCAAGUUUUCCUGGUCUUAGACACACAUCUCAACCACAAGGUCUUUCAAAGUCUUUCAGUAGUUUAUCAACACACAUAAAAACUAAUAUCCUUUAAAAAAAGCAAGGUAGGACAUACAUGAGGUUACAAAGCACAAAAAACAUACAUUUAUUUA